GAAGUGCCACCACCAGACAAAACGCCUUCAAGGGAACUCAGCCCACUUGUCUCAUCAGGGGGGUGGUGAUGGGACACCCCGGUUAGAGCUCCAGAGGGGGAGAUGCUGCUGCCGGCUGGAGAGGAAAACGUCCCAGGACCGAGGGCCGGAGCCUGGUGACAGAGCGGGUGACAAGGGUGUUGUGGAAGUGCCACAGGGCAGGGGUCACGCUUUCGGGGACGAGCCCUGCCGGGGUGGCCUCGCCGCCUCUGUCCCCUGCACCGCCGACCUGCCCGCCGGGGCUCGGGGCUCGGCUCGCCGGGGCCAGCUCCGGGGACCGCCGGGGCUACGACUUGCCGCUGCCACCGCCACCCCUGGCAGCCGGGGGGUGCCAUCGCGCCGGCGACACCGCAUUCCACCCCGGUCACAAUGCGGAGGGAGCCCGGGGUUCGCACCCGCAGCCCGCCCGCUCCGGCGGAGGGAGCGGGACAUCCCGGCCGCGGCGGCACCUGGGACCGGGAAGGCUGCAGGGCCCCGCCCGCUGUGUGACGCGGCGGGUGACGCAAUGGGUGACGCGCGGCGGCGGGCGAUGACGGGAGCGGGCGAUGGGGCAGGCGCUGUGCGUCUGCUCUCGCGGCACCAUCAGCCUGGGGGGCGUGCGGUACCUCCUGCUCCACCGCCUGGCAGAGGGGGGCUUCAGCUACGUGGACCUGGUAGAGGGGCUGCGGGACGGGCGCUUCUACGCCCUGAAGCGCAUCCUGUGCCAUGACAAGGAGGACCGCCAGGCUGCCCUGCACGAGGUGGAGAUGCACGGCCUCUUCGACCACCCCAACAUCCUGCGCCUGGUGGCCCAUUGCAUGGUGGAGAAGGGUGCCAAGCAUGAAGCCUGGCUCCUCCUACCCUAUGUGAAGGGAGGGACCCUCUGGAGAGAGGUGGAAGCACUGCGAGAGAAAGGGACCUUCAUGCCAGAGCAGCGGAUCCUCCUCAUCCUCCAUGGCAUCUGCCGCGGGCUGCAGGCCAUCCACAGCAAGGGCUACGCGCACAGGGACCUCAAGCCCACCAAUGUGCUGCUGGAUGAGGAUGACCGGCCCGUGCUGAUGGACCUGGGCUCCAUGAACAAAGCUCGCAUUGAAGUCAACAGCUCUCGGAAGGCCAUGGCUGUGCAGGACUGGGCUGCCCAGCGCUGCACCAUCUCUUACCGUGCCCCCGAGCUCUUCACAGUGCCCAGCCAGUGUGUCAUAGACGAGCGCACAGAUAUCUGGUCCCUAGGCUGCGUGCUGUACUGCAUGAUGUUUGGGGAGGGCCCCUACGACGCCAUCUUCCAGAAGGGCGACAGCGUGGCUCUGGCAGUGCAGAACCCCCUCGUUGUGCCCCCUACGACCAGGUACUCGGCUGCCUUGCAGAACCUGCUCUCCUCCAUGAUGACGCUGAACCCCCAGGAGCGACCCAGCAUAGAUGAUGUCCUCCACCAGCUGGAGGGGCUGCAGCCAGCGCCAGCGGGCCAGGACACCACACAGAUCUGAGCCCGUCCCACCCCACAGCGACCAUGCACCCCUGAGGACGAGCCAGGGGAAAAGCGGCAGCCCUUGUCCCCGCUCCCCCGCGGAGCCCUUGCAGAGGGGGUUGAUGUGCUCGGGGGAGAGCUGCUGCUCUGCACCAGAGGUGUGUUGGAUUUGGAGUGGUCUGUGCCCUGGGUGCUGCCGCCUGGGACUUGGUCUGUGCCCCAGGACUGUGGACGUGUGACCUGCUGCUAAACACGGGGCCCUUGCUGGUCGCUGCCUCCCCCGGGGGCUGCAGAGGAGGAUGAUGUGGGGACACCCCCCACCUCGGGUGAUGGCAGCCACAGCCCCACAGCUCUGCGCCCCAGGAGGGACGCUCCUGCCCAGGGCAGAGCUGUAGACGGGGUCCCGGUGCGGUGCUGGAGCCAGGCAGGGGGUCCCUGCACCUUCUGCCACUGCUCUGGGCACCGAUGUUGCCUUGCGUUUGGAGUAAAAGAUGUUCUCGAGGA